CUUCUCAAUUAACCGUCUCAUCGCUCCGUCGUGCGGGAUCUUCUUCCAAGAUGCGAUGGUUCCUUUCGUUUCUCUUCCUGGGUUUUCUCGCAAGCGUAAAUGCGUUGAGCAGCUCGGGAAAUCGCCUCUUGGUUGUCCUGGAGGAUGCCGCAGAGAAGGGCCUAUACUCGACAUUCUGGGGUGAUCUGACAGCUCGAGGAUACGAUCUCGUUUUCGAGUCUCCCAAGAAUGACAAGUUGUCCUUGUUCCAUCUUGGAGAGAGAGCUUACGACCACUUGCUCAUUCUCCCACCCAAGUCGAAAGGGCUUGGACCUUCUCUGUCCCCCAAGAAUAUCCUCGAAUUUAUGAACAAGGAGGGCAACGUCCUGCUCGCCCUCUCCGGCAAGUCCUCAACACCUAGCGCCAUCAACAUUCUACUAGACCAGCUCGACAUCCACCUGUCGCCUGACCGCUCGGCUGUUGUCGUUGACCAUUUCAACUAUGACACGCAAUCCGCGACCGAGAAACACGAUGUCCUUCUUCUCCCCCGACCGGGGCCCCUCAGGAACGAUACCAAAGCUUACUUCUCCGGUGAUGGCCUUUUGGCCAUCCCGCGCGCCGCCCCCCAGACUCUGGGAGCCGAUAGUUCACUUGUUGCACCUGUCCUGCGAGCGCCCCCCACGGCCUACAGUUACAAUCCCAAGGACGAAUCGGGUUCUGUCGAGGAUGUCAUAGCCACGGGCUCUCAGCUGGCUCUUGUCUCAACUAUGCAGGCGAGGAACUCGGCCCGUUUUACCGUUCUAGGAUCUGUGGAGAGCUUGCAGGACAAAUGGUUCUCCGCGACAGUCAAGAAGCCCGACGACGAGAAGGGGACAAGCACCGUCAACCGCGAGUUUGCGAAACAGUUGACCUCCUGGACAUUCAAGGAAUCUGGUGUCCUGAAAGUCGGCAAGAUCGAGCAUUAUCUGGCUGAAUACCCGGAAGAAGUGAACCCAAAGAUCUACCGUAUCAAGACCGACAUUGUCUUCAACAUUGAAAUUUCCGAAUAUGACCAGGAUCAUUACAUCCCCUUUGAGGUGCCCGCCCUGGAUGCCCUCCAGCUCGAAUUCACCAUGCUCUCCCCCUUCUACCGCCUGAACCUGCAGCCCACACAGAGAACAGAGAACAGCACUAUCUACAGCACCCAAUUCACCGUCCCCGAUCAACACGGUAUCUUCUCCUUCCGCAUCAACUACAAUCGUCCAUUCCUCAGCAACAUCGAAGAAAAGCACGAGAUCACAAUCCGCCAUUUCGCUCACAACGAAUACCCGCGCAGUUGGGCCAUCAGUGGCGCCUGGGUCUGGAUCGCUGGGCUUUGGUCUGUCAUUGGGGGUUUCCUUGCAUUUGUCGUCGCCUGGCUUUACUCUGAGCCGUCUUCUGGUGCAUUGAAGGUUAAGAAAACACAGUGAGGUCUCUUAUGUUUAUAUUUAGGGUUUCACCUCGGAUUUUUAUCUUAAAAAGGAUAUUUGUUAUGAAAUGGAUUCGCGUAGGGAUCAUGUGGGAUAUCAAUUAAAAGGCAUAUAGAAAGAAUGAGUAUUCAUUGAUUGACUUCUGGUCAGCAAUCA